UUGCGUGUCUAUUGGUGGAAACGCACCCACGUGACUCUCUCAUUCACAAAACAGACGGGCUUGAAACCAACCACCGUGGCGUACCGUAGGGAGCGAGACUGAUAGGCUGAGGAAAGCGAGUGUGAGGAUAUAGACGACCGGUGCAACAGGCUUCUUCAACGUUGUGAAAUUCCGUUAUUUCUAUUAUACGACUUGUGGGAGUUUUGAGAAGUUAGUGCCAUCUUUGAAAAGUUUAUAAUGUGUGUUAUUCCAAGUUCUUCGAGGAUUAUUGUGUGUCAAACUUAAUUCCUUAUUUUAUGCUGGUUAGUAGAGACAGUAUAUUGCUCUAUAUCCAACAGUAAUACAGAUUUAAUAAUCAUUUGGAUAUUAAACGUUUUACUUAAGUGAUUAGUCGCACUUGACCGACUACUGACCCAGUUGGAUACUCUUGUAGCCCAAUGAAAGAUCAAAAGUGUAAAGACUUCGUGUUCAUGCCUCUCAAGGACGGAGCUCGCGGCUCUAUGCGGGCCAAGGAUGGCUCCCCCAAAGUGCGACCUCUGACAGAGGCGGAUUCUAGCCAGGGGACCAAAGAGGUCCGUUCUAAGAUUGUGGUCGUGGGAUCAUGUGGAUGUGGCAAAACGGCGCUGAUACAUCGUUAUGUGAAAUCUACAUUUCUACAGACCUACACUCCAACAGGUUUUGAUACCUACACAUAUCAAUACAGUGUGUCGGAUAACUACAAAAUACACAUGUCUAUAUGGGACACCUCAGGUGAUGUAGGCUAUGACAGAGUACGGCCAUUGUCUUAUAGUGAAGCUGAUCUGGUCAUCAUAUGUUUUGCUAUAGACAGACCUGAAACCAUGGACGAUGUUGUCUCAAAGUGGUAUCCUGAAGUGAAAGAGCAAUGUCCUGCAAUACCUGUGAUGUUGGUGGGCUGCAAGUCUGAUAUAAGGGCAGAGAUCAAAGCCAUGCCUUCAGAUAAACCCAGACCCAACUUUGUCACAUAUGAUCAGGGUUUAAAGACUGCCAAACAUAUUGGGGCCCUGGUUUACUCUGAGACAUCUGCCAAGACUUCUGAGCGCAGUGUGAAUGAUGUCAUGGAAGUUGCUGCACUAUCCUCAGCAGGCUCAAAGAAUGGCUGCACAUUUAAUGCCACGAGUGGCACCACCACCACAGCCAGUAACUCAAGUACCGGAAGCAGCGGCAAUAGCACCUCCAGCAGUGACAGUCCUGUCUUUCGGAGACAAAGGUCUUUCAAUCGUAGGAAAGGCUUCAGCGGUGUAAAUGAAGCCAAAGUUCAUUUGAGGAAGGAAGCAGCCAAAAGCUGCAUUGUCAUGUGACCCACUUAUCUUCUUUUCAUGGAGUCUCAGCCUGUGCCUGCAUCUUAUCUUUUCAUCUCUUGACAUCUGUGAUGGCGCAUUGUAAAGAGGCUGGUUCAAGGCCAGUGACUCUAUACUGCGUCCAUGUGUCUAACUAGUUAUUUGAUAAAGCUGUCAGUACAGAGUUAGUUUUAAGAGGCUAGUUAAAUGAAUCUAUAUUAUUUAAAUCAUAUUUAUGCACACUGGUAUUGACCUUUAUCACCUUAUCUGCAUAAUUUAUUGUUAAGGUGAACCUAUGCUAUUCUAGUUGUUUUAAAAUUAGUUAGAAAUAGUUAAAACAUAAAAACUUAUUGUAUGUUUUAUUUCAUGUACUAGUAACUUCAACCAGUUGUUUAUGGGUUGUUUUAUUAAUUCUCUUAAAUAGAAUUGAUGCCAUUUUUUAAAAAUCAUUUCUUCUCGAAAAAACUCAUUUACUUAUAUGGCAUCAGUUCCAAGACAAUGCCAUUUUUAUCAUUGAAACAUGUGUCUAUACACACUUCAGUAUUACACCGCAUUAUGUAUGUUUGUAUCACUAUUCAUAUUUAUUACUUCAAUGGUUAAGUGUAGACUUUAAAAAAGGGUGUGUGUGUGUAAUUCAAUGGAAGAGUUAUUUAUUACCUAUGCUAGUCCUAUGUUAUGUUUCUCAACCUUAUCAGACAUUGUGGUGCAUUUAUUUCAUUCUUUUAUCUAUUAUGUUUUUAUGCAUUAAUAAUUUAGAUUUGUCUAGUUUUUAAAAAUGAUUUUAGGGAUUAGCAAACUUCUGUAGUCAAUAAUUAGAAAGUGGUGAAAUCUAAAUUAUAGAUUGAGCAUGCAGAGCUGCAUGCAUAAUAAAUUGAAAUCCCUGUUCUAAAAUUAAAUAUGGAUGUUGUUGAAAAGCCAAUUAGAUGAAAUACCACACACUCAAGUGCCUUUUCAUAAUUAUCUAAGAGCAACUUCACCUUUAAUAUCUGGUAGCCUAGAGUUAUCUUCUGUAGAAACUAAAGAAUCAUGGCUAUAUUAUAUAAUUCUACUAAAACAUUCAUGAUACAGCUCAGGUUCUAAAAUUUUAAACAUUGUACAAAACUUUAAAAUAAUUUUUUUGUGACAUUUGUAUUAAUUGUCUAUUCAUGUAACAUCAUUUUUUAAAUUAGUCAUAAUUUGUUUUUUACUAUUCGAUUUUUAACUAUUUUCUCAAGUUAAAACUGAAAAUUAGAUUUUUUGAUAUUGUUCAUAAAUAUUUAAUUUGAUUGUAAAUACUUUGUACAUUUGUAUAAACAAUUUUGUUUAAGGUCUGCUCAAAGGCCUACUUAUUUUUUACUAAUGCUUGCUCCGGAGCUGUUGCGCAGCUCAUUAUAUUUUUACAUUAUCAAAUUUGUGGCUCUGUAUAUAAAAUAUAAUGACAAUGUCAAUGCAUGCUUCGAGACAGCGGGAAGCUAAAGGGUUUUCAUGAUUUGAUUUUCUUUUGUUCAUUAUGAGUAAAUAUCUUUUGCUGUGCAUCUCUGGGUCAGACAGUAACAUUUGUAAUACCAAAAUUGUCAUUUAAAUAAUAGAAGAUUUAAGCAUUUGAACGCAAAUUUUAAAGCUAUUAUUUUUAGUACUUCAUUAUAACACACUUUAAUGUAAUGCAAACUAAAAUUAAUUACAUUGCAGAAUUUUAGGAAUAUUUUAAAGAGGUAUUUUAGUUUCAGACUUAUUUAGCAUCAGUCAUAAUAAAAUAAAAAAUAGUUUGUUCAAUUUAGUCUGUCCUAAAGUCAGCGUGAAGAGGUCAGUUGUGUUCUAUCAUAGAGUGUCAGUGUGAAAAUGUAAAGUGUCUAUCUUGUGCAAAGAUGUAAGACAUCUUAGAGUGUCAGUCGGUGAGCUGUACUAGAUCCUAGAGUCUGUAUGUGUGAAGUUUCAGGAUGAGGUAUGUGUUUGGAGCUGCCAAUGAUAGCUGAUGAUAUUAUAUCUAUCCCUUGUCAAGUCUUUCAUUGUAAAAAGUCUGUACAACAUCACUUUGAGUUUUCUUGUGUUUGAUUUCCAAAAAAGUUGUCAUUGCACUAGCUUGUGUAGUAAUUAUGUUGUAGCUGGAGGCGGACAAACAGAAAAGUUUGUAACAAUUUCAAUAAAUUCAACUAUUUAAACCUGA